AUGCUUUUUGGGUAUUUCUUUCGAACAAGCUUGCAGCGUCUGGAGCCAAGAAUUAUCUCUCUCUCUCUCUCUCUCUCUCUCUCCCUAAGCACCACCACGCCUGUCUACUAUUUGCUUCACAAUCGAGUGACGCCUGCUCUCUCUCUCUCUCUCUCUCUCUCUCUCUCUCUCUCUCUCUCACCACCACGCCUGUCUACUAUUUGCUUCACAACCGAUGACGCCUGGUUCUCUCUCUCUCUCUCUCUCUCUCUCUCUCUCUCUAUCUAUCUAUCUAUCUCUAAGCACCACCACGCCUGUCUACUAUUUGCUUCACAACCGAGUGACGCCUGGCUCUCUCUCUCUCUCUUGACGCCUGGCUCUCUCUCUCUCUCUCUCUCUCUCUCUAAGCACCACCACGCCUGUCUACUAUUUUCUUCACAACCAGUGACGGCUCUCUCUCUCUCUCUCUCUCUCUCUCUCUCUCUCGAUAAGCACCACCACGCCCGUCUACUAUUUGCUUCACAACCGAGUGACGCCUGGCUCAACGCAGUGCCCUCUUCAUCUACCGUUUUUCUAUUACAUAUUUCAUAUUUUGGUCGCCACCAUUUUUUUUUCUUUUCUUUGUCUCUUUGUUUAUUAAUGGAUUUUCUUUAUUCUAAUUCCUUUCUUCAGUUUUCUUUAUUUCCUUCAUUAUAUCUUAAUUUCUUCUUCAUAGAUCUUAGUUGUUUUCAGAAUUUCUUACAUUAUUUACUUUUUUCUUUUGCCAUUAUUUCUUACCUUCUCCUUUUAUUUUUCUUUCUUUCUUUCUUACUUUCUCUCGUUUUUCUUUCUUUCUUAUCUUCAUUUUACUUCACUUCUCCCUCUGUCAAUUAUUUCUCCUAUAUUUUCUUAUCUAUUACUUCCAUUUCUUUCCAUGAUAGUAGUACUGAUCAUUUAUUAUUUCCAUUUAUUUUUGGCAUUCUUUCUCUCUUCGCCAUUCUUUUAAUCAUUUCCAUUUUGUCUGUGUUUUUCCUCCUUUCAACAGUAUUCGUUAACUCUUGCUUAUUCAUGAUGAGUUUUCUAUAUUUGUGUCAUCCACUUUUUCUCUUGAUAGAAAGUGUUCUUUUUUCUUCUUCUUUAUUUCCAUUCACUAGGCGGUCUUUCAAUAUGUUCCUCUGA